AUGAUUUACGAAAAAGUUGAAGAUCGCGACACAAACCGUGUAACUGAAGAAGGUGAGGAAGACCUCUGGAAGCAGGACGUGGGCAGAGACCUCGAGAAAGUCGGCCAGUGGCUACAGGGAAGAUAUGCAGCCAAGACGGAAGAAGAGCGCGAAGAGCUCGAAACGCUGAAUGCUCGUCUGAAGGAACUGGCGGCAGACGUUGUCGAAGAAGUCUACGGAGAGGACAGGCACGAAGGCGACGGAGAAGCUGCCGCUUAUGGAUGGGGCAAAUGGAGGAGGAGGAUCACCGGAGCUUUCAAGAAGGUCGCUCAGGCCGUCGUGGUCAACAAAGUCGCCGGCGCCGUCGGCAGUGCCAUUGGAUAA